AUGGGCCCGUCGCCGCCGAGCCUGGUCACGGCCGGUGCCGCGCCGGGCCCGGCGUCGGCCCCGUCCCUGGGGCCCCCCUCACCACCGUCGGAGAUGCUUGCGCACCCGGCGGCUGCCCUGUCAGCCCCGCCGCACACACACCCGCAGCCGCCGUCGCACUCGCAGCCCGGCCCAGCGAGCUCGCCUGCAGUGUCGCCUCCGCCCCCGGCCCCGGCCCUGCCCUCCGCAUCGGCCAGCCCCACCAUCACCGUCACCGCCAGCCCCACCAUCACCGUCACCGCCAGCACCACCACCACCACCACCAACGCCAGUACUACCACCAACGCCAAAGCCAACGCCAACGCCAACACCGAACCUUCCUCGCCCGAUGUGGCCAAGCACCACCCAAAGAAGACCUUCUGGCGGCGGCUGCUCGGGACCGGGGGCGCCCCGCCGGACGGCGGACCCCCAUCGCCAUCUGGCGAUCUGGCGGCCACCACGGCCGGCGCGCCCGCGCCCGCGCCCGCGCCCGCGCCCGUCACCACCACGGUGCCCACCGCCCUGACCCCGGACCAGCACCAGCGCCAGCUGGUGGCCACGCACCAAGACCGGCGCCGCCGCGAACAGGAAGAGGCCCAAGCCGCCGCCGAGGAGGAAAUUGCCCUGGCCGGGCGCCGGGCACGCGUGGCCGAUCGCCUGGACCGGCGCCUCUUCCAGGCGCUGCUGUCCGGGUCGGCGGCCGGAUCGCCGGCCGCGGCCCCCGGGUCCCCGGUCCUGGCCCCCACGCCGGCCGGGGCCACGUCAGCGGCCGGGUCGCCGGCGCCGGCGGCCAGUUCCGCCGGGCCCCGCCCGGCUGCCGGCCCCCGGGCCCCGCUCCUGACCUCCACCGUCACCGAUAUCUCCCCCUCCGGGGCCAUUCGCGUCAUCGUGCCCGGCACCUCGGAGAUCCUCGAUUACCACCUCGCUUCGGACAGCAGUUUCGAGUUCGACUUCCAUGGCGGCCUCGCACAUCCCCUGUCGCCGGAUUACCCGUACCAUGCGCCCGGGCCCGGGGCCGGCCGGCGCGGCCACCCCCCCGGCCCCGGGGCCCUCGAGGAUGCCGGGUCAGCGGCAGGGCGGCGCGCGCGCUCGGGCGACGGCCCCGACAGCGGCCCGUACCCCGGCCGGGGCCCGGGCCCCGGGGCCCGGCGCGGGUCCUCCCUCGACCCGGCGCGCCAUGCGGCCGGCGACGGCAGCCUCGAGGAUCCGAUUGUCCUCUUCGAGGAUGACUACGAUUGCGCCUUCCAUGGACACCUGGCCCUCGGGCCGGCGGCGGCGGUGCCCUCGGCCAGCACCUUCGCCCCGAUGCCCGGGGCCGGCUGCCCGGCCGACCUGUAUCCCCUUGCGCCGGGCGCGGACGCGGGCCAGGCGCCGUCGGAGGCGACGGCCCAGCCGGGCCCCGCCGGGGCCAUGACCCCGCGCAAGCGCCGGCUUUGGCAGGUCGGCCGGUCGGCCUCCUCCGCGCCGGCGGCCGCGGCGGCCAUCACCUCCACCGUGUCGACGGUGGGGCCGGGCGGGGCCGGGGCCGCCGGGCACAGCCUGCCCGCCCUGGCCGACGAUUCCGGCUCCUCGCUCGACGUGCCGGGCCUCUUCGCCGGGGCCGACUCCGCGCCCGAAGGCUGGGAGUUCCUGUGUGGGCCCCGGUGCCCGGGGCCCAGCCUGUGCCCCAUGUCGGCGGCCCGGCGAUCGGCGGCCGUUCGCCUGUACGACCCGGCCUCCGAGGCGGUGGGCAUGUUCUUCGGGUCGCUGGUGGCGUCGCACUUGAAUUUCCUGCACCAGCACCGGCAGCGGGCCCACGCGCGGCGCAUGGCCCGCGAGGAGCACCGCCUGGCUGCGCGCCGCGCCGGCCCGGGCCCGGGCCCGGGCCCGGGCCCGGCCCCGGUGUCUCCGAGCGGCGCCGGCCCGGGCGCCCCGCCGGCCGGGCUUUGCGCCACCUGUCUCGAGGACGAGCGCGGCACCUCCGACGAGGAGGCCGACUACUGUCGCUCGGAUGAGGAGGGCCCCGACGCGGUGGGCCAGGCUGCCGGGCCCGCCUGCCUGGCCUGUCGCCGGCCUCUGGGCCCCAUGCCCGGGGCAUCCGCCGGCGCCGCCACCACGCCCCCCUCCUCCUCCUCUUCCUCCGGCCCCAGCAUGAAUGCCAAGCUCAGUGCCAAUGCCCGGCGGUGGAUCCGCCGGUACACCUUCGGCGGCCGGCCGGGCCAGGAGCCCGCAGGGCCCGGCACAUCGGCCGACAGCCCGGACCCGGCGCCAGGCUCUCCGGCCGGCGGCCGUGCCCGGUCGGCCCGCUCCGACACCCCCCGGCUGACGGUCACCACCAGCACGCUGCCGCCAUCCGGGCAGGGGCCGGCCACGGCCGGCGAUGUCCCCGCCACGGCGGCCACAACCUCCUCGGUGGCGGUGUCUUCGCCGCCGCCGCCGCCGCCGCCGCCGCCGCCGCCGCCGCCGCCGCCCGGAUCGGCCGAGCAGCAUGGCGCCCUGUCGGCCCCGGGGUCGCGGUCGGCCUCGCCCCUGGUGGCCGGGGCCCCGCGGCCGGCCGGGCUCGCCAUCGAUGUGGGCCCCGCCGGGCCCGGGGGCCUUGUCGACAUGCCGGACCCCUCGCAGGAGGAUGUCGAUGCCAUGAGCAGCAGCCCGGCCACGGCUCCCACCACCCCCACGGCCGCCGUCCAAAGCUCCAAGUCCUCCUCGGCCCUGGUGCGCUGGGGCCGCUCGGCCACCACGUCCCUGUUGACCGGGACUUCGUCCUCCUCGACGCCGGGGCCUGGGCCCGGGGCCGAUGCCGAUCCGGAUGGCCCGACCGCGGGCCCGGCCCCGGCCCCGGCUCCGGCCCCGAAAACCGGCGCCGCGCACGCGGUCACCAGCCGCGCGGCGUCGGUCAGCGCCGCGGUCGGCGGCAUGGUUGGCCGGUCGCUGGCCCCCUUCCGGGGGACCCAUGCGGCGGGCCCCUCCAGCGGGCCGGCCCCGGCGCCGCGGGUCGCGCCGCACCCCUACGCCCCGACCCCGGGCGUGCCGGUCACCUUCCCGGCCAUCCAUGUGUCCAUGGGGGCGUGUGAGGUCUUCCGCCAGGCGCGGUCCUUCCGAUCGCACACCCUCUUCACCAUCCACUUGCAGUACCGGAGCCGGGUCAUGCUGCCGGCGGCCUCCUCCACGGCGGCGGUGGCCCUGGAAACGGCGCUGCUGCACCCGGCCGACCGGCGCCUGGCGCCCCUGUCGCAGAAGUGCUUUUCCUGGUCCAUUCGCCGGCGUCAGCGCGACUUUCUCAUUCUCCAUUCGCGGCUCAAGUGGUUGCAGGUGGUCCAGCGCGGCCGCAGCCACUUGCCGCAGAAGGGCCCGACCGGGGGCGGCCCCGGCGCCGGUCUCGGCCCGGGGGCCUUCUCCCUGCCGCCCCUGGGGAUGAACUUCGAUGAAGAUCUUCCGCCCUACCUGCCGGAGGGCGAGGAGGACGAGGACGAGGAGGACGAGGAGGAGGAGGAGGAGGAGGACGAGGAGGAGGACGAGGAAGACGAGGAGGAGGACGAGGACGAGCACCGCGACUUCCCCUACUCUUUCGGCGUUUUUUCCGGCUCCGAUGCCGAUCCCGCGGCCACGACCACGGCCCCGGGGGCCGGGUCGGCGGCUCCGGCGGUCCCGGCCACCGGCCGGGCCCGGCGCUCCGGCGGCCGCCGCGGCGGCGCUGCCGCCGACUCGCACGCCAAGUUCCUGGACAACCUCAACCACGCCACAUCCGAGAUCCACCGGACCCGGGCCAACCUCCUGCGGUAUCUGACGGCCCUGCUCCGGUGCCAGCUGUCCCCGCAGGCCAAGCUUGUCCUGUGCGAGUUCCUCGAGAUCAGCCCCAUGUCCUUCGAUCCGGACUACAGUGCCAAGAGCCACGAGUCGUGGGUCAAGAUCGCCGGGGGGGUGUCCUCCUUUCGGUUCAACUUCUUCCGGCACUUCCGCACACUGGGCGGCGGCGGUAGCGGCAAUAGCAGCAGCGGCAAUGGGCAAAUGCCGAAUGGCGCCCAGCGCCACUUCCCCGGCACCGCGGUCAACGGGCUCCCCUCGGCCGUGGACUAUCAGUACCACGGCCCCGGCGGAGCGGCCGGCCUGGCCCGAGCCCAGGCCCAUCCGCUGCAGCCGGCACACCACUUCCCCGGGCCGGGGUCGCUGCCGCCCAUGAGCGACGCCAGCGCCAGCGCGCUGCAGCAGCCACGCCUGUCGGCCGAGCAGCAGGCCACCAUGCGCCAGCAGCAGCACCUACUGCUGCAGCAGCAGCAGCCGGUCCUGGCCCAUGCCGCGGGCACGGCCGCCGGCUCGGGGCCCGGGUCGCGCGCCGGCGCCCCGGGCGAGCGCCCGGCCCCGGCUCCGCCCCUGGCCGUGGCCAGUGCCGGGACCCUGUCGGCCGGGACCCUGUCGGUGUCGGCCGGCGGGACGUUGCCCCUGCCGGCCGAGUCGACGGCCGGGGUGGCAGCCGCGGCCGCCGCCGCGCGCACUCUCCCCACCAUCUCGAUCACCGGUGGCUCGGGGGCCCUGUCUCGGUCAUCCUCCUCCUCCUCGUCGCUGGCCCUGGCGUCUUCCUCGUCGGUGGUCGGCCCGGCCGCCGCCAUGGGCACCGGCCAGCGGCCCGACUCGGCGGCCGGCCCGGCCCCCGGGGCCGGGGGCUCUCCCACCGGCGGGGGGACUUCCCCCGGGGCCGGGUCGAGCCCUGUCCCCGGGACGGCCAAGCCGCCCCGGCACAAGACCGGCCCGCUGAUGGCCCGGCGCUUGCGGUCCAACUCCACGGCCUCCUUCUCGUCGGUGGCCAGCGUCGGAAGCACGGCCUCCACCGGGGCCGGCGGCCUGCCGGGGGUCCUCGGCGGCGGGAUGUUUGCCCUGCCGCCGCCGCCGCCGCCGCCGCCGCCCAUGGACCCCACCCGGUGGAAGCACUUCAUCAAGGAUUCCGUGGCGCACCUGGAUGCGCUGACGCGCUCCGGCGGGUCCAGCUGGUUCGGCGGCAGCAGCGCCGGGUCUUCUUCCUCCUCGGGCGGGGGCUCCGGCACGGCCCGGACCAUGUCCAGCCUGGCGUACGGCCCGAGCGGCUCCGGCGGGGCCAGCGGCGCGCGAGCUCGCUUCCGGUGGAUGAUCUUCCGCCAGGACCACAUUGCCUUCUACGCGGCCAUCGAUGAUCGGCGCCUGGUGCAGGUGAUCCUGCUGGACAGCUCGUUUGACGCGUUCUUCGGCAAGUCGAUCGUCGGCUCCUCCAAGGCCUUGUGGAUCUCCUCCUCGCAGGGUACCCUCUAUUGCAAGACGGAGUCCGAGCGCCAGGCAUACGACCUGGGCUGCGCGCUGAUGUACCUCAAAUACGCGAGCAUCUGGACACAGCCGAAACCCUUCGGGUCCUUCGCCCCGGUUCGGCCGAUGGCCGCGGUGCGAACCUACGUCGAUGCGCAUGACUACUUUGCGCACAUCGCCGCGGCCAUCGAGCGCGCCACCACCUGCAUCUACAUCGCCGACUGGUGGCUGUCGCCGGAGCUUCACCUUCGCCGGCCACCCAACCGCUACCCGCAGUACCGGCUGGACCGGCUGCUCGCGCGCAAGGCCGCCCAGGGCGUCCUGGUGUGUGUGCUCAUCUACAAGGAGUUCCCCGGCGCGGUGGCCAACAACUCCUGGUACACGAAGACCCGGCUUCGGGCGUCGCUCGGAAACACCAGCGGCCGGCGGCCGUCGGUGGUGGUGGUGCCGCCGGCCGCGGCCGCGGCCGCCGUGGCCGCCGCCUCCGGCCAGGAGUCCCUCCUGGAGCUGACCAAUGGCGUGCUGCUCGGGGAUGCCGGGGGCCAUGGCCUCGGCGGCACGAUCGCCGUCAUGCGGCACCCGGACCACACGAAGGUUGGCGGGACCCUCUACUGGGCGCACCAUGAGAAGAUUUGCGUGGUCGACCAGCGGGUGGCCUUCCUCGGGGGCAUCGACCUGUGCUUCGGCCGGUAUGACACGCACGCGCACAAGCUCUUUGACGGGCGUCUGCCGGCCGGGCAUAACCGGCCGCCGGCCGGGUCCAUGCUGCCGGUCCCGGUGGCCCCGGCCCCGGCCCACCGGAUCCCCGGUAAGGACUACUCCAAUCCCUUUGAGCGGGACUUCUUCGAGCUGCGGAAUUACUACUCCGACUCGCUGGACCGGACGCGCGUUCCCCGGAUGCCCUGGCACGACAUCGCGGUUCGCGUGUCUGGCGCCGCGGCGCGUGACGUGGCCCGGCUCUUCAUCGAGCGAUGGAACUUCAUCAAGUCCGACAAGGCCGAGAAUGACCCGGCCCUGCCGUACCUGCUGCCAAUGCGCGAGCUGCCCCCGGGCAUGGGGCACCCGCGUCGGGCCCCGACGGCCGACAACUCGCCGGGGCCGGGCUCGGCCACGCCAUCGGGCGGCCCGGCAGGGGCCCAGGCCCGGCGGGCCAGCACCUCGGCCGGCCCCGGCCUCCGCAUGCCCGGGGCCGAUCUCCACCGGCAAACGUCCAUCCGGUCCAAUCGGUCCAUCCAGUCGGCCCGGUCCAUUCUCAGCACCGGCAUGGCCCCGAGCCCGCAAUUGGUCCCGGCCGCGGCGGCGGGCCCCGGCGGGUCGGUGGAGUCGGUGGCCGGGUCGCGGGACAUGUCGCCCGGGCUGCCGGCGGUCGGGGCCACGGCCGCGGCCGCGGCCGCUGCCCCGGGCGCCGGCGCCCACCCGGCCGAGGAGUUCGACGACGCCGAGGCCGACGAUGCGGUCUUCGACACGUACGACACGGAACCGGUGCCGGCCACGUGCCAGGUGCAGGUGCUCCGCUCGGCCGGGCGCUGGUCCAGCGGGCUGGCGGUCACGGACAAUUCCAUCUACCAGGCCUACAUGCAUGCCAUCACGCACGCCGAGCACUUCAUCUACAUCGAGAACCAGUUCUUCAUCACCAGCUCGGCGGCCAUUCCGGCGGCCGGCGGCCGGCCGGCGGCGCGGGCCAGCUCCAUCUUCGGCUCGGAAGACAGCAACGCCAUGCCCGGGGGCGGGGAUCUGACCAGCGGCGACAGCUCCUUCGCCCAUGGCCCCGGCGGGGGCCUGGGCAUGGACACCGACACCGAUGACACCGGGUCCUCGCACCCGGAUGCCGACAGCGACCUGGACAUCCCCGGGCAUGUGGAGAACCACAUCGGCCGGGCCAUCUACGAGCGCAUUGUCCGCGCCCAUGAGGACCGCCUGACCUAUGACCUAGCCCUGGAGGAGCUCCGGCUCCGGGCCGAGGUCGGCCCGGCAUGUGCCGCAUGCGGGGGUGCUGGGGCCACCGCCGGGCCCGGGGCCCCGGCGGCCACCCGGUCGCUGUCGAGCCUGCGGCAGGCGGUCAUGGCCCAAGCGGCGGCCGGCGGUGCCGCCGCGUCGCCGGCCCCCGAGGGCAGCCCGUGCGCCGCGUGCGGCGAUGCCGGCCCCGAGGGGCCGCUGCUGGUUCGCCCGCUGGCCACCGCCGACGAGGAGGAGCUCCGGGCCCUGGCCGCCGGGCCGGCGCCGGCCUUCCGCAUCUAUGUCAUCCUGCCGCUGCUGCCGGCCUUCGAGGGCCGGGUCCAUGAGACCCGGGCCGCGUCGCUGCGCAUCGUCAUGGAGCGCCAGUAUGAGAGUAUCUCGCGCGGGCCGCGAUCGUUGCUGGCGCGCCUCGAGCGCCGGGGCAUCAAUGCCCGAGACUACAUUUCCUUCUGCGGCCUGCGCAACUGGGAGCGCGUGCCGGAGGAGGGCGGCGGCGGCGUGGCCACCGAAAUUGUCUACGUCCACAGCAAGGGCAUGGUGGUGGACGACCGCGUGGCGCUCAUUGGCUCCGCCAACAUCAACGACCGAAGCAUGCUCGGCUUCCGUGAUUCGGAAAUUGUCCUCCGCAUCGAGGACACCAACCUCAUCCCCGGGCGCAUGAACGGCCGGGACUGCAUGGUCGGCCGCGUGCCGGCCAUGCUCCGCCGGCAACUGAUGGCCGAGCACCUGGGCAUGGCCAGCAUCGACGACCCGCGACUGCUGGACCCGGUGCAUGUGGACUUCUUCGCCAGCAUCUGGCUGCACACGUCGCAGCGCAAUGCCCGGAUCUACCGCGACGUCUUCCGCUGUGUGCCGGAUGACGCGGUGCGCACUUGGGACGAGUACCACCGCUUCUGCGGGGAUCUGGCCAGUGCCGUGUCGACCUCGGUGGCGGAGUUCGGCCCGGCGGUCAUCUCCACCUUGCGCCAGUCGAAGAUGACCGGUCGAGGGACGGAGGCGGCCCCGGCUGGGCCUGCGGCCGCCAGCGGGGCCACCCCUGUCGGGACCCCUCCCCCGGCCGGCGCCGGGCUGAGCACCGUGCCGGAGGACCUGCCCCCCAGCAGCGACCCCUCGCUGGAUACCAUUCCCGACUCGGUGUCGCCGUCGGAUGCGGCCCUGCGUGCCGGGGUCGGCCCGCCGGGCCCCAUCGGCCCGCGUGGCAUCGGAUCCACCCCGGGCGCCGUGCCGAUGGCCGACCAGACGGCCAUUCGCAAUGUGGCCGCCGUGGUGGAGCACGCCGCGCGCACGCGCCAGGCCGGAGGCCCGGUCAGCCUCGGGGCCGGCCCGGCUUCGCUGCCCGGCUUCGGUGGCGGCCCGGGCGACCCGUUGAAGAAGCCGCCCCCGGGGCCCGACCCGUGGCCACCGACGGCCCCGGCCCAUGGGGAUGGGCCCGCCGGCGAGCGCAAGAUCGUCGUGCCGGCCGUCGCGUCAUCCCUGUCGCCGGAGCAUGUGGAGCUGGAAUCGCCCCGGCCCUCGAGCCCGCGGCCGGCCCCGGCGCCGGGGCUGGUGACCGACGUCGAGGAUGACGAGGCCGACACCUUGGCCGGGGGCCGCGCCCCGACGGUGGCGGACCCGGACGACAGCACGGCGGCCCCUUCGCCGGAGCCGCCGACCGUCCCGGCCGCCGUGCCGCCGCCCGCCUCCCCGGCGGCCUUCGACCUGAGCGACCCCCUUGGCCGGGUGCUCUUCAUGCUGUCCGGCGUGCGCGGCCACCUGGUCCCCUACCCGACGGAGUUCCUGUCGCGUGAGCGCCUCACCCCGCCCAUCCUGGUCAAGGAGAGCUUCGUCCCGCUGCAGGUUUUCCUCUAGAAGUGCAGCAUGCCGGCGUCCACAUCCUGCGACACCCCGCGCCCUGCCCAUCCCUCGGAUUGCCCUUUGCAUCUCUCUCUCUCUCUCUCUCGC